AUGCAGAUCACGAGACCAGAAUGGGGAUGGCAGCCACCCGUCAAGCCACACAUGGAGAGCUCCAGCCACAGUUUGCCUGUUUGCCUGGAAAUGAGUGGAAAGUGGCACAUCAACAUGUCAAACAGUUCAGUUAAGUCAACAGUGCAAACAACUGACAGAUGCUGGAUGCCGCUGCAGCUCUACACAUAUCUCCGAUCUUCAGCUACCAGACGCAGGUCAGUCAGUCAUCAUGCAUCCGCUCUGGACCUCCUUCUUAUCCUCUUUCUCCUUGCAGGUUGUCUCCCCCGCAAGACUUGUAGACUUUCCCCUCUAAGCGGGGCUCCUCCAUAUCGACGGAGUUCGCAAACUAUUCCAAGCCCGAUUUGCUUUUGCCGCCCUUUGCUUUUGCCAACCCAUUGA